AUGUCGUAUAGGAGAACGACAGACUUUGAAGAGGCCGACUACAUGUCGCAGCCUCCCCGCAGCAGCCGCGGCGGCGGCGGCGACCAGGUCCGCGUCAUGGAGCGAGAUCGCGAGCACGACGUCUACAUUGACCAGCACCGCGACCGCACGCCUGCCUUCCUCCGCGAGGGCGCGCGCCGCGGCGAGCCGGGCCCCAUGGUGCUGCGCCGGCGCGAGGUCGAGUCCUUUGACCGGCACCGCAGCCCCUCGCCGCCGCACCAGCGCAUCGUCGAGGAGCGCAUGGUGCGGCGCGCGCGCAGCGAGUCGCCCCCGCCGCACGGGAGAGAGCGCUCCCGCACGCGGAUUGUGCAAACGGAGCGCACGGUGAGCCCCGUGCGGAGGCGCGUCGUUCGCUCGCCGAGCCCGACGGUGCGGUUCGUGGAGCGCAGACGCGAGAGGAGCAGCUCGCCGGAUGACGAUGACGAUGAUGUCGUGGACCACGAGCACAUUCGCAUCGUUGAGCGGGAGAGGGGUCGGUCGCCGGAACGGUCGCCGUCGCCGCUGCCGCAGCCAGCGGUGAUUAAAGCACCGACAAUUGAGAGGGAGGUGAUAACGCACUAUACAGACAUCGAUCACGGCGUCAUUCGAGCCCGGCAGCCCAGUCCGCUGCCGCCGCCGCCGCGGCCGCACCGCGCGCACGACGACGUCCGCGAGACGGACAUUGACAUCCACCUCGACAAGCACCACACCGACGUCGACAUCCGCAAGCGCUCCCGCAGCCGCUCCCGCCACCGGCACUACCACGACGACGACUACUACGACGAGAGCAGCAACAGCAGCAACACCCGUCUGCGCGUGGACGCCGGCCGGCCCCCGCGCCGCACGCGGUCCAUGAUGGGCCGCUCCUCCGAGGGCGACUACAUUGCCUCGCGCAUCGACGCCCGCGGCCGCAUGGGCGAGGCCCGCGGCGGCGCCACCCGCGACUGGGAGCUCGUCGACGUGCCGCCGGGGACGGAGCGCGUGCGCAUGGACGGCAUCGGCGGCGGGCGGACGGACACCACGUGGAGCAAGUACAGCGGCGAGCGGCAGACCAAGUUUGAAGGCGGCGCGAGCGCGGGCGCGCUGGUGCCGAUUCUGAAGAAGAAGCACAAGCAUGAGAGCCAGAGCCGGGAGCGGAGGCUGAGCGUGGCGGUGGUGGAUCGCGACACGGAGAUUGACAUUGAGAGGCGGAGGAGGCACAGGAGCAAGUCGCGGCCAAAGGUGGUGGCGCCGAGGGAUACGUGGACCGAGGUGUCGCGGAGCUUGGUCUCGAGGGAGGCGAUUGAGAGGCUGGGGUAUCCGUUUGAGGAGUCGAAGCACUAUUUUUAUAUCCAAAUGUUUCUGCCAUCGGACGCUGUGACAGAACUCAUGGAUUUGUCAGAGGACCUACGCCGCUCGCGUCGACGUAAAGUGCACGACCACUCGUCGCGCGAGAUUGAGCUUGACAUCGAGAUUGAUCGCGACACGCACCACCACCAUCACCACCCUCAGCGGCCGUUGCAGCGGAGGCGCCGCCGGUCGUCGGGGUACUUGGACGAGCACUUUCGGGACCUGGAGGUGUCGAUUGAUGAGCGGCGGCCGCGAGGGGGGUACUAUUACUGA